AUGAGCAACGAGCAACUGCUGGAGAGGCUGGAUGCCCUUCAAUGUCACUUCACUUGGGAGUUGGGUGUCAAAGGCUGCUUCAACCCCACGCACAUCCUGCAGAAGGUGGCAGUGGAGCUGAGGCACACCAUGCAGCAGAACCAGGCAGCCCUCCUGGGCCUCCAGGCAUACCUCUACGUGCUCAACAACCAAAACAAGGAGCAGCAGCAAGCGGCUACUGCCACCUCUCUGAUCACCUGCGGCAACUACGCCUGGAUUAAAUACCUCCAGGCUGAAUAUCAGGAGGCUGAAGAGUAUCUGGAACAAAUCCAGCAGCUCUGCCCAGCUCCUUGGGAUGCAAGGCUGAUCCCACACAUCCAGGUGCAGAAAGGCUGGUCCCUCCUGGUUGUCAGAUCCCAGAAUGGGGAGCGGGCCCGAGAGUGCUUUGAGGCUGCCUUGAUGCUUGAACCAGACAAUGAUGAUUUCCAUGCUGGGCUUGGGCAAGCCCUUUUUGCCUCCUCAAAUUAUUUCUGGAGUAGUAAUAUUGCAAGCAGAGCCAUAAGCCAGUUGGAAAGGACCAUUGAUAGGCAGCCAAAUGACUACAGAGCGAAAAUCUAUUUAGCUGACCUGUUUAAAAGAAUGGAUGAGAAAAAAAGAGCAAUGGACUUGAUAAAGGAAUGUGCAGAGAACAGCUCUGAUCCCGAGGUCCUCAAACGUUCAGCUCUGUACUAUCUGUCACAGUCUGCAGCACGAGCAGUGGAGAUCCUGAAGCAAGCCCUGCAGGAGAAUCCAGAUUACCAUCUCCUCUACCAGGCCUUGGCCAAGUGCUAUAAAAAACUGUGGCUUACAGCAGAGGAUGAAGACAAGAAUGAUGUAUUGGAUGCAGCCAUCAGGCACCUCGAGCAAAUUGUUCAGGAUCACCCAGACUGUGACCUUACGCUCACAAAGCUGCAAUUAGCAGAGCUGUACGGCGCAAGAAACCCGUCACAGGAAGAGGAUGUCUACAAGGAGCUGCAGGAGCAAUCCGAGAGCCUGAGCCUCAGAGGCCGCCAAGUCCUGAAUCACAACUGGGGAAAGUUCUGCCUCUACAAGAAGAGAUCACGGCAUGAGGCACUAGAAAAGUUCAUGGUUUGCUACAAGAUCCCUCUGAACUCAGGGGUGCGGCACGAGUGCGCGCGGAUGAUGAGGAAGAUGGCCCUGAACUGCUCCAGCGAGGACGCCAACUUCAUCUUCCGCUUCAUCGACGACGUCAACUACAGCCUCCCCAUGGAGUUCGCUGAGAAAGCUUAG